CGUUUACUGAAAUCUGAGUUCACAGUGUUCAGGCGUUGGUCCUGUUUUCCUCCUGCAAAUUGAGCAGAUGAGUCAGUAUGCCUGCCUUUUGGAACUGAAUCCAGAACAGUUCAGUUGUUGCAGUCAUGUGAUGCUGCACCAUGUAUAUCUUACUAUCUACACUACAUCUGAUUAUUGGUCACAUGCAACAGGGUAACAAUAGCCCGACAUUGAGCAGUAGCUAUCUUUGGUAAAGUAAGAUGUGUUUUGUGCGUUGACCCCUAGAUGCUCAUUGUCCAUUUUGGAUUAAAGUACUGUUAGAGGAUGACGCGACACCUCCUCUGUUGCCAGCUCUGUGAAUUCUUCCUGCGUUGUGACUCUCACCCAUGGCUAGCGCACUCUGUGUGAGCAUGGAAACCAAGUGUGCAGUUCAGAGUGGGGGACUGUGUCACAGUUAACUCACAAAGCUCUGGUGAACGCAGAGGUCGGUUCACCCACGACAGCUAGUGCUCCAGAAUGCCAAGUGACACUUGUUGUGAUGCUUACCCUCAUUAGAGGAGAUCAGAACUAAGCAGGGAAAUGUUUCAUUUUCUCCAUAAUGUUCCUCAUGAAGCUCCCACCUGGUGAACAGAAGUCACAGUGUCAAGGGGCUCAUAGUUCACCUGCCCUUUGACCCCUGCCUCCACCCUGACACACAGCUGGGCCCUUUCACAUGACGCUUUUCUCUGCCUCCACGCUUUGCUUCUGAGCGAUGAUGCAGUCUUGUCUUUCUAAACCACCACGUAGCAACAUACUGAUAUGUACCAAACACGCAAAUCUUAUCAUGUUGUUGACAAGACAGGUGCAGCAACAGGAGGGAGGACAUUGGUAUUCGUGUGUGUUCCACUGAACUUGCUUUGUGAGUUUGGUGAGGCCUUUGUACCCUACAGAUCAGAUAAAAGGCACGAGCUUUCGUUCAGUAACGUCAGACAGAUGAGGAAGAGCUGACAAUCUGCAAUCUGUAAAUCAGACAUACCACUGCUCCAGAAUUACUAGAAACCAGAGAUAUGAGGAAUACACCAUGAGUUUGUCCUGGCUGCUGGAGACAGACAGCAAGUCGCUGCGCUCCAUGAACGGCUCCAGGCGAAACAGUGGCUCGUCGCUGGUGUCCAGCUCCUCUGCCUCCUCCAACCUCUCUCACCUGGAGGAGGACUCGUGGAUCCUGUGGGGACGAAUCGUCAAUGAGUGGGAGGAGGUGCGCAAGAAGAAGGAGAAGCAGCUUAAGGAUCUUGUCAGAAAAGGUAUUCCUCACCACUUUCGGGCAAUAGUGUGGCAGCUGUUGUGCAAUGCUCAGAAUAUGCCUAUCAAGGAUCAGUACUCUGAACUCCUGAAGAUGACUUCGCCCUGCGAGAAGCUGAUUCGCAGAGACAUUGCACGCACUUAUCCCGAGCACGAGUUCUUCAAGGAGAAAGACAGCUUGGGCCAGGAAGUGCUCUUCAACGUGAUGAAGGCAUAUUCUCUGGUUGACCGUGAGGUUGGCUAUUGUCAAGGGAGUGCAUUCAUUGUAGGACUGCUGCUCAUGCAGAUGCCAGAGGAGGAGGCUUUCUGUGUGUUUGUGAAAUUGAUGCAAGACUACAGAUUACGAGAGCUCUUCAAACCAAGUAUGGCCGAGCUGGGACUCUGCAUGUACCAGUUUGAGUGUAUGAUCCAGGAGCAACUCCCUGAGCUGCACAUGCAUUUCCAGGCUCAGAGCUUUCACACCUCCAUGUAUGCCUCCUCCUGGUUCCUCACCAUCUUCCUCACCUCCUUCCCUCUGCCUGUCGCCACAAGGAUCUUUGACAUCUUCAUGUGUGAGGGUCUGGAGAUAGUUUUCCGCGUGGGACUGGCCAUCCUUCAGAUGAACCACGCUGAACUCAUCCAGCUCGACAUGGAGGGAAUGUUACAGCACUUUCAGAAGGUUAUCCCGCACCAGCUUGACAGUGGACCAGAUAAGGUCAUCCAGACUGCCUAUCAAGUAAAAUACAACGCCAAGAAGAUGAAAAAGUUAGAGAAAGAGUACACUACAAUCAAAACUAAAGAGAUGGAGGAGCAGGUGGAGAUAAAGAGGCUGCGGACAGAGAACCGACUCCUGAAGCAGAGGAUAGACACACUGGAGAAAGAAAGUGCUUCCUUGGCAGAUAGAUUGAUCCAGGGACAAGUGACUCGAGCGCAGGAGGCGGAAGAGAACUACCUGGUCAAACGGGAGCUGGCUACGGUCAAACAGCAGAGCGAGGAGGCCGGUGCUCAGCUGGAGCAGGCCAAGAAUACCAUCAGGCAGCUCCAACAGCAGCAGCAGCAGCAGCCACAUGCGAAGGGACCCCCUCGGUACUCCGAGGAGUCCGUCCUGCAGCUGGAGAGAGAGCUGGUGCAGGCCCGGCUGAAGGAGGCAGAGUCUCAGUGUGCCCUCAAGGAGAUGCAGGACAAGAUACUGGAUAUGGAAAAGAGGAACUCAUCGCUGCCGGAUGACACCAAUGUGGCACGUCUUCAAGAGGAGUUGAUUGGGGUGAAGCUGAGAGAGGCGGAGGCUCUGACUGGUCUGAAAGAGCUGAGGCAGCAAGUCAGAGAUCUCGAAGAGCACUGGCAGUGUCACCUGGCACGCACCGCUGGUCGCUGGAAGGACAGCCCUAGGAAGAAUACGCUGUGUGAGCUUCAGGACGAGCUGAUGAGUGUGAGGCUUCGCGAGGCUGAGGCCCAGGCAGAGCUGCGAGAGAUGCGGCAGAGGAUGCUGGAGAUGGAGACUCAGAAUCAGAUUCACAGUAACCAGCUGCGACGGGCGGAGCAGGAGAACCGCUGUCUCCAGGACUGUGUACAAACGCUGACGAUGCAAAAUAAAGACCUGCAUGUGCAACUACAAGAGAUUAAGCGGAGACAAGCUGAGAUUGAAUGCAAGAGUAAAGAAGAGGUGAUGGCAGUGAGGCUACGGGAAGCUGACAACAUUGCCGCUAUGGCUGAACUCCAACAACAGAUCUCAGAGCUUGAGAUUCAGAAAGAAGAAGGCAAAGUCCAAGGCCAGCUGAACCACACAGAUUCAAGCCAGUACAUCCGCGACCUCAAAAGCCAGAUAGCAGAGCUAGAACACGAGAUUUGCUGCUUAAAAGGACAGAGGGGCCUGGCCAGUCAGCCCACUUUUGAUGGGAUCCAUAUUGUCAAUCACUAUGUGGGGGAUGAUGUGUCUUACCAGUCUUCAGAUGAAGAUGGAGUCAAGGACCCCUCCUUCCGGGACACCCAGCGGAAGAGCAGGGACCGUAUCAGACUGCACCCCAACCUCGGGGACACGGACAGUGAGGAGGAGGAGGAGGACGACGAGGCCCUGCGACUCUCUGUGCCUCAGAGCGGCAGCCACAAGUCCACCACCGUGUGACCAGCACCUGCAUGCCGAGAGAUGAGACACAGGCUGUCAGCACCCACUGAGGAAGAGGAGGUGUUUCCAGCAGCCGUCUCAGAGGAGACGCCUGGAUCUGGAGUUCGGAAUUACAGAAAGGAAAUGCAUCAUCAUUUCAUAUCCUGAGAAUCACACCUUUUUGGAUUUAGUUUGUUCUGUUUGUUUGAAUUUUUGUUGUUGUUGUUGUUGUUUUCUUCCUUGAGGGCAGCCCACUGUCUGAGCACCACUGGCACAAGCUGAGAAUGGAGAUAUGGAGCUUAUCAAACUCUACCGGGCUACAGUGAUCCUCCUGUGGGUACAACACAGACAAAGAGACUGUGCAAUAAAACCUUUUAUGCUACAUUA